AUGUUCUUUGAACAGUUGGACAUCGAUUAUGUUCUGUUUAAGGAUUAUCCUGCUGUUAUUACUGCUACAGGUGAUUCAUCUUCUUCUCCUUCUGCUACUGUUAUUAAGCAGAAUGAGGAUCAAAUUUUAAAAUAUGAAAAAGAUAAUAAAACUGUUCGUUUCCAUCUCAUUAAUCUGAUGACAAAUAAUCUUUUUGAUCUAUUCAUGGUGUAUAAGUCAUCUAAACUGAUUUGGAAGGCCCUUGAGAAAAAAUAUGGGGCCGAUGAUGUUGGGAAACAAAAAUAUGUUGUCGAAAAGUGGUUGGCUUUCCAGAUGGUUGAUGACAAACUGGUCAUGGACCAAGUUCAUGUCUACGAAAAUCUGUGCGCUGAUGUUUUGAAUGAGGACAUGAAAAUUUGCAAAGUCUUUCAGGCUAAUGUAUUGCUGGAAAAAUUUCCUCCUUCCUGGAGGGAGUUCUGUAACAAUCUUAAGCAUAGGAAAGAGUUUAUGUCUCUUCAGGAACUAAUCAGUCAUAUGAAAAUUGAAGAGGCAAACCGCAUCAAGGAUAAUCAGGACUCUGUUCUGGUUAAUGUUACCAAAGCUAAUCUGGUGGAAUCUGUUGCUGCUUUAUCAGGUUCCGAUAAGUUUAAGGGUAAAGGUGAAGGUCUUCAAUAA